GUCUUAACGCAAGUGCAGUAACAAGAUACAUUAAAAAAAAUAUACAUUAUAAAUAAUAACAAAUAAAAAUAAUAAUAAUUAAAUAUAAUCAUAAAUUUAAAUAGUGCUAUUUAAAUAUAUAAAUAUUAAAUUGCAAUGACGAAAAAAAAAAUUUAUUUUUUAAUGAGAAGAGUGAUCGCGGUGACAGACCGCGAAUAAUUGUUGUGUUAUUAUUUUGCCUAUAAUUCGAUUUAAUUGAAUAUUUAAUCAUCUAAAUAAUAAAUAUAGUAAAUUAUGAGUACAUUUAUAUUUAUAUAAAUAUAUUAAAGUUUAUAUAUUAAUAUAUAUCAAUAUUUUUUCAUAUAAAUUUUUGCCUAAUUCACUUCAAAAUACUAGAGAAUUUCGAUCGAUAGUAGAAUUUGACGCAAAAAAAAAUAAAUAAAUAUAUAAAUAUAUAUACAUAUAUUUUGAUGUGUUGAUAAUUAAACGCACAAAAUUAUAAUUGUUGUCUUGGUGUAAAUAAAUUAUUAAAUUUCAAAUAUUUAAGUUGAAGGUGAAGAAAAAAAAAAUGUCUGUAAAAAUGACUAAAUAUAAACACACAGAAUUUGAGGAUGACAGCUGCAGUAGCAGUAUUGGUUCCGUUAUACUAAAUAGUGAAGGCAUUAGUACUUCUGCAACUCAUAUACGAUAUCACUCAGGAAUGAAUUUUUGGCGCGCAAGAAGUAAACUUGAACGCUGCUUAUUUUUGAUAUGUCUCGGUCUUUCACUUAUUAUUUUUAUACUGCUCGUUGUUAUCAUAACAACAGCAACAAACAAUAGUCCUAUUAAAAAUGAGUGGGAUGAUGCUCAGAUUCUCCAUGUAUCCACAUCAAACAGUAGCUUUCAUUGCUUAACUGAGCAUUGCGUCACAGUAGCAGCAACAAUAAUAAACAGUAUAAAUCCGUCUAUAAAUCCGUGUGAUGAUUUUUACGAGUACGCUUGCGGUGGGUGGAUUAAAAAAAAUCCAAUACCAGAUGGCAAAAGUAUGUGGGGUACUUUUGGGAAAUUGGAACAAGACAACCAGCUCGUUGUCAAAAUAGCGCUGGAAAAAGAAUUGAGUGAGAUGAAAUCAAAAGCUGAACAAAAAGCAAAACUGUAUUAUUUAUCAUGUAUGGACGCCAAUGAAACGAUAGAGGCGCUUGGCGCCCAACCGAUGGUUGAUCUUUUGAAAAGAAUUGGCGAUUGGAAUAUAACAAAUAGUAAUAGCAGUAUAACAGACCGCGGUUUUAAUGUUUCUAGCUGGAAUUUACAAACUAGCAUGCAUGUUUUACAAAAUGUUUAUAAUAUGGGAGGCCUUUUUUCUUGGGCUGUUAAUGAAGAUGAUAGAAAUAGUACUAGACAUAUUAUACAGAUUGAUCAAGGUGGAUUAACGUUGCCGACAACAGACAAUUAUUUGAACAAAACAGAACACGCCAAAGUACUCGCUGCCUACCUAGAUUACAUGACCAAGAUCGGGGUUCUUUUGGGAGGGGAAGAAAAGGACACUAAGAGACAAAUGCAAGCUGUGAUUGAUUUUGAAACGAAAUUAGCAGAGAUAACGAUCCCCCAAGAGGACAGACGCGAUGAAGAAAAAUUGUACAAUUUAAUGUCCAUUAAUCAGUUGCAAAAAAUUGCGCCUUUUAUGUCUUGGGUGGAUUAUUUCAAAAACGCAACAAAAUUAGUCGGGAAAAAAGUCGACGGUCGGCAAAUGGUUGUCAAUUUUGCCCCUGAAUAUUUCAAGAAACUGUCUAAGCUCGUGCAGACCUACAACGAAACGACCGACGGCAAAGUGGUGCUCAAUAAUUAUUUAGUUUGGCAAACAGUAAGGUCACUUACGGCAUUUCUCUCCCGGCCCUUCCGUGAAGCGUACAAAGGUCUCAGGAAAGCUUUAAUUGGAUCCGAAGGCAGAGAAGAACAAUGGAGGUACUGCGUCAGUGACGCAAAUAAUGUUAUGGGUUUUGCGAUUGGCGCCAUGUUUGUACGGCAAGUUUUUCAUGGUAAAAGUAAACCGAAAGCCGAAGAAAUGAUCGCGAGUAUUCGCGAAGCGUUUGUCAAAAACUUCAAAAAUUUGAACUGGAUGGACAGCGAGACCCGAAAACUGGCUGAAGAAAAGGCCAAUGCCAUUACGGACAUGAUCGGAUUCCCGGCAUUUAUUUUGUCGGCAAGUGAAUUGGAUGAACGGUACCAGGAUUUGAAUAUCAAGGACAAUGAAUACUUUCUCAAUAACAUCCGGAUAAAUAAAUACACUUUGAAAAAAAAUUUAGAGAAACUUGAUCAGCCGGUGAAUAAGACGACGUGGAUAAUGACACCGCCUACUGUUAACGCUUAUUACACUCCGACUAAAAACCAAAUAGUAUUUCCCGCUGGAAUACUGCAGAGUCCAUUUUACGCAAUGGAUAAUCCAGCGAGUCUGAAUUACGGUGGCAUUGGUGUGGUUAUGGGCCACGAACUUACACAUGCGUUUGAUGAUCAAGGCCGUGAGUAUGAUCUCAACGGUAAUUUAAAUAAAUGGUGGAAUAAUGCUACUAUUCAGAGGUUUAAAACUCAGACAGAGUGUUUUGUUCAACAGUAUGGUAAUUAUGAGAUUGAAAAUCACCAUAUUAAUGGAAGACAGACUUUAGGUGAAAAUAUCGCAGAUAACGGAGGAUUGAAGGCAGCCUAUCAUGCAUAUUUGAACGCGCCCAAAAGUUAUCAUGACCAAUUGCCAUUACCCGGUCUGAGUUCUUUGAACCACCGCCAAUUAUUUUUCAUUAAUUUCGCUCAGGUCUGGUGCUCAGCGAUAACCUCCGAGUCACUGAAUCUCCAAAUAGAAAAAGACUCUCACUGUCCACCAAAAUUUCGCGUAAUAGGGCCGCUGUCAAAUUUUCCGGAAUUUUCACGGGAAUUCAAUUGCCCUCGGGGAUCUCAUAUGAAUCCGGAUGUCAAAUGUGAAGUCUGGUAAUCAACAAGAAAACCAACCAAAGAUAAUAAAAAAAAAGUUUUAAUUAAAAUAAAAAAAAAACCGUUUGUACAAACAAAAGCCUACGUGCUUUUUUACAGAAUAAAAAAAAGUUUAUUGAUUUUUAAAUGAAAUAAUUAUUUUUUAUCUUAAAACUUCUUUGUUAUUAAAACCUUUGUGCAGUGACGUUUUGAUAACGCGCAUGACAAAUUAUAAAUAAAUAAUUAUUUAAAUUUAAAAAGUUAUAACUGAAUAAUAAAAAAAAAACACAAA